AUGUUAUCCACCUUAGCGUACCUCGCUAUCACCGGGCUCCUCGUGUACUGUACCAAGGCUCGGCGCGAGAACCCGUAUCGGUACGUGUUCCUGACGGCCCACCCGAUUAGUUUGGCAUUAUUUAUCAGUUUUCCGGCGAUAAUCUUGGACUUUUUGUCUCCAAUCGCCUUAGCUUUCCUCAUCUACGUAUUCGCUAUGUUAUUCGUGCUGCUAUAUAGCGUCUUUGCGCUUCAGACCAAACUAGAGUUUGCUGCCAUGCACGCCAUCUUUCUCGCGUGUAUCGUGCAGAUUUUAAUUUAUGCAUUCACCGUCCCUUUCAUCUGGAUCGACGCUUUCGGCGUUCUAUACAUCUCUCUCGCUCUCUCCCUCGACUUAAUUUACAUUUUCUGGGACUUGGAGAUUAUGACUUCCAAAAAGUACUGGCACGAUGUCACACCAGACAGUUUCGUCGACGCAACUCUGAACCUACAGUUUGACUACUACUAUAUGUUUGUUAAUAUCAUCAAGCCACACAUGUGUAAAAGUUUAGAGACAAAUGCACAGUGA